AUUAAAUCCACAAUGGCCUCUGUGCUGCGUCUUGUAAUAGCUAGCAUAGCGCUCGUCACGACAGUUCAUGGGACUGUUGUGAAGCGAGAGGUUCUGACCCCUAGUCACCCUUCACCUUUGACCCGAAAUGUGACCCUGGAUGACCGAAACAACUGCCAGCCCGGGGACCCCCAGCCACCCAACCGCGUGGAUACGACGGAGAGAGUGGCACGUCUCAGGCAAGAAAUGGCAAACUACGGACUGAGUGCGUUCAUCGUGCCAACCGACGACGACCAUCAGAGCGAAUACGUAGGGGAAUCGGAUAAGCGCAGAAAAUACAUCUCCGGAUUCUCAGGGAGCGCCGGAACAGCUGUAGUGCUAAUGGAGGAACAAGCUCUUUGGACAGACGGGAGGUACUUUCUUCAGGCGGACGACCAGCUCGACUGUAACUGGCUGUUGAUGAAAGCCUACAUGACGGGGACACCAACCAUCCUGCAGUGGCUGAAGGACUCACUGCCUGCAGGAGCGAGAGUCGGCGCCGAUCCUACCUUGACCAGCGCGGACACGUGGCUUAGCUAUGCGAAUUCGCUCGCUGCAGACAACAUCGACCUUGUUCCCGUGACGCCCAACCUUGUCGACCUGAUCUGGACCGACCGCCCUCCGUACCCUUCCGACCCGGCAUUCCCGCUUGAACUCAAAUUUACGGGAAAAUCGUGGGAAGAGAAAGUGUUAGAAGUACGAGACGAAAUGAGAAGCACAGGAACCGACGUACUGGUUGUCUCAGCCCUGGACGAGGUGGCGUGGCUUCUCAACCUCAGGGGGAGCGAUAUUCCUUUCAAUCCUGUGUUCCGCAGUUACGCGUUGAUCACGAUGAGCUCCGUUGAACUGUUCACGCCAGCUGAGAAAGUGAGCGUAGACGUAGAAGAACAUCUUCAUGUAAACCAGUGCGAGGAGAUGAUGUGUGUGACAAUCCAAAACUAUGACGAUAUUUUCCCCCGCUUGAGUUCCUUCGAGGACGACCCUCUCGUGUCUAAAAUUACGAUCAGUUCGAGUUAUUCCUUCACUUCGGGAGCUUCUUACGCCAUCUACAACGCGGUAGGUUUGUUUGGAGGAAGAGCAAAUGAAGAGGAUUAUAUGAAAGGCAGAAAGAACGAAGUCGAGAACCAAGGCAUGAUGAAUGCUCAUCUGAAGGACGCCGUGGCUCUGUGUGAUUUCCUGGCGCUGCUGGAGAAUGAGGUCAUCGCAGGCACCUACUGGGACGAACUCUCCGCCGUCGCGAAAUCCGAGGAAUUCCGCUCUCAGCAGCAGGACUACCUUAGCCUAUCCUUCGAAACGAUCUCGGCGUCGGGACCGAACGCGGCCGUCAUCCACUACUCGCCGAGUCCGGAGACCAACAGACAGAUUGAUGACCAGUCGACUUUUCUCCUCGACUCUGGCGCUCAGUAUAAGGAUGGCACCACUGACAUCACCAGGACCCUUCACUUCGGCGUCCCGACGAGCUUCCAGAUCGAGGCUUACACGCGGGUGCUGAUGGGCGCCAUGGACUUCGCUGCGAUGGUGUUCCCCGUCGGUUUCUCGCUCGGAGACAUCGAUAUUCUGGCGAGGAGGCCUCUGUACGAAGCUGGUUUGGAUUAUCGACAUGGAACCAGCCACGGCAUCGGAAUGUGUCUGUUUGUGCAUGAAUCUGCCAAUAAUGCGUAUGAGAUUGGUUUCUUCGGUUCUGAUGAGCCCGGGUACUACGAGGACGGCGAAUUCGGCAUUCGCUUAGAGACCACCCUCAGGGUCGUUCACAAAGAGACUCCGCAUGACUUCGUGAGUCCAAUGUUGGGAUUCGAACCUGUUGCUUUGGUUCCGUUUGAACCCAAGCUUAUCAACACUACUCUCCUUAGCCGACAACAGUGUGAUGCACUAAACGCCUACCAUGCUACAGUGAGAGACGUAGUUGGAAAUGAGCUCAAGAAUCAGGAACGAUUCGAAGGUUACGAUUGGGUUCUAAGGAAGACUGAACCCUUGUUAUGCUGAAUCCGGACAAACGUUUGUGUAAACGUUUUCCUGCUGAUCCCUUUCAGCCAUUCACUUAUGAUUUGUCUUUGGAUGAUGAUGUAUUAAAGAAAUUAUAAGUGUAGAUGUUAUAAAGUGUUGUAUAUG